AUGUGUCGAUAUGUCAAUCGCUACCUUGCCCCCACCAUAUCACGUACGGAUGCAACCCCGGAGAAAACAACUGCUGCUAUCACUGGUGGCUGGACCACUGAAACUCCAACAUUAGCAACAAUGGCCGAAAAACAGAGAAGCAAGGGUAUAUUGAAAGCCCCAAUCUAUAAGCCUCCUGUAGAAAAGCCACCAAUUUAUAAGCCACCCAUUGAGAAACCACCUAUCUACAAGCCUCCAAUUGAAAAACCACCGGUUUACAAGCCUCCAGUUAAAAAACCACCCGUUUAUAAGCCUCCGGUUGAGAAACCACCCGUCUAUAAGCCACCUACUUACAAGCCACCUGUUGAGAAACCACCCGUUCACAAACCACCUACUUACAAGCCUCCUGUUGAGAAGCCCCCCGUCUAUAAGCCACCUGUUGAGAAGCCACCCGUCUACAAGCCACCUGUUUACAAGCCCCCAGUAGAAAAGCCUCCGACUUAUAAGCCCCCAGUUGAAAAAUCACCAGUUUAUAAGCCACCUAUGGAGAAACCACCAAGCUAUCAACCACCACCUUAUGGUCACCAUCCUCCAUCCACGACCACAAACUAAGUAUCCCGUGAUUUUUACCGUAUUUUGGUGCUCAAAAAAUAAAAGCAUGUUUUCUCUUAGUUUAUGACCCGUUGUUCUUUUGUAUCUUAUCUUUUACGACUUACCUUUGCCUUUCUGGUGUGUAUCGUGCAUGGCUGUUAUGGCUACAGACAAAUUAUAGUCUCCCAAUUAUUGGUCAUCUAUAAUAAAGCUGUCUGACUUUGGCCACC